UUCACCCUAUUUUGCGUAAGCUUCGCUUCAUUCAUUUGACAGUGUAGAGACUGGUGGAAUCAAAACAUUCAUCUCCCUCUCUCGUGAUGUGCUACUACUCACCUCUCUCUUUCUCUUUAGAAAAGCACCACCUCUCUCUCGAAAAGCCCAAGAUGUGGCGUCCCAAAGACCACUCUUAGAGUCUUGCCCUUCGCCAUGGUAGAGAGAGAAAUACCCUCUCCUCUGCAACAAUGCAUUCAAAAUCCGAGCUUUCCAUCAAGCGUUGAUCUUCAGCUACCUCCCGAUCCAUGUUUCCAUGGCCACGACACGUACCUAUGAACGAAAUGUACAGGCAAGCCUUCAACACUCCUACCAAUGCCAUUUUCUUGAAUCAUUUGAAAAACCCAUCUCCAUUUUCUUUCUUUAAACUGAACUCCUUUGUUGGGUCUCGUCAAUCUUCGGUUCUUUCCUCGGAAACGAAUUGUGGGUCUCAGAAAAACCCGAUGACUAGUGAUAUUUCUGCUGAUUUUUCUCAAUCUACUGACCAUGAACCUAUUCAAGAAGAAUUCUCGGACCUUGUUCAUAGAGUUUGCAUUAUUAUUCGUUCAUUUGGAUGGCAACACAGCGUAGAACUGAAGAACUUGUGCCCUAGAUUGACCCAUCACCAUGUAGCCAAUGUUUUAAGCUUACAUAAAGAUGCAAAAUCAGCUCUUCAAUUCUUUUACUGGAUUUCACAGAGGCCCGGAUACCAACACAGUUUGGAUACCUUCUUCGUAUUGUUGAAGUCUCUUUUAAGGGAACAAUUGCUCAAACAAGCUGAGAAAAUACAGAUUCUUAUGAUCAAAGCUUGUUCAGAUGAGGCAGAAAUCCUUAAAGUUAUUGAAUUUUUGAAUGAAUUGAGAUCGAGAGGAUUUGGGCUUUUCCUUCCUGUUUAUAACACUUUGUUAAUUGCUUUGGGGAAGUUCGACAUGGACACGGUUUCAAAAAAUGUGUAUUAUCAGAUGGUGGAUAGUGGGGUUAAACCCUCUCUUCUUACCUUCAAUACAAUGGUCAAUGUUUUGUGCAAGAAGGGGAAGGUAGAGGAGGCAUAUGGGUUUUUGGGUCUUAUUUUGCAGGCUGAUUUUAGGCCUGAUACGUUUACGUAUACUUCACUGAUUCUAGGACAUUGUAGAAAAUGUAAUUUAGAUGCAGCUUUUGGGGUUUUCAAUCAUAUGCAAGAGGAAGGAUGCCUUCCGAAUUCUGUGACAUAUUCUACUUUAAUUAAUGGGCUAUGCAAAGAAGGGAGAAUUGAUGAAGCUUUGGUUAUGCUAAAUCAAAUGGUAGAGAGAGACUGCCAACCCACUGUUUAUACUUAUACUGUUCUUUUAACUACUCUUUGUUCAUUGGGUCGAGUAAAGGAAGCUUUUGAUUUGGUGGAGGAUAUGAAGAAUAGGGGUUGCCCUCCCAAUGUACAGACUUAUACAACACUUAUCAGUGGAUUGUGCAGAUGUAAAAAGCUGGAAGAUGCCUGUGAUUUGUUGAAAGAAAUGAUUAGCAACGGUUUGGUUCCCAAUACGGUGACGUUUAAUGCAUUGAUUAAUGGGUUUUGCAGUGAAGGAAGAGUUGACUCUGCCUUAGACAUUUUCAAUAGGAUGGAGAAGCAUAGUUGUAUGCCAAAUUCCAAAACCUAUAAUGAGAUAAUGAAGGGUUUCUGCUUGGUAAAUAAGAUGGAUAAAGCCAUGGUUUUCUUCAAUAGGAUGCUCAAGGCUGGUCCAUCUCCAUCGCAGGUGACUUAUAACACACUGAUCAAUGGGUAUUGUAAAGUGGGUAAUUUUAGUAAUGCCAAAAGAUUGAUCCAAUUGAUGAGAGAGAGUGGGUGUGCACCAGAUGAAUGGACUUACACUGCACUUAUCUCUGGCUUUAGCAAAUUUUGUAUGCUGGAAGAGGCCUCUAAAGUAAUGGAUGAAAUGUUGGGAAAUGGACUGAACCCAAACCAGGUUACAUACACUGCUUUGAUUGAUGGCCAUUGCAAGUCUGGGAAGCUCGAAAUUGCUCUCUCUUUGAUGGAGAGAAUGGAAAGAUAUGGUUGCAUACCCAAUUUGCAGACAUAUAAUGCCAUAUUUAAUGGUUUUUGUAAGGAGAACAGGGUAUCUGAACUAGAGAAGUUGUUCAAUAAGAUGGUUGAAAAAGGGCUGAAACCGAAUGUUAUUAGUUAUACAACAUGGAUUGAUGGGCUUUGUAGAAUAGGGGAUACCGAUUCUGCAUUUAGGGUUUUCAAUGAAAUGGUGAAGCAGCAAUGCCUGCCCAAUUUGCACACUUACAGUGCUCUCAUUCACGGGUUAUGUCAAGAAGGAAAGGCUGAAGAGGCGGAGAUGAUGGUUAAAAAGAUUGAGGAAAUCGGGUUGAAUCCUGAUGAAGUGACUUAUACAUCACUUAUUGAUGGUUUUGUUUUGUUGGGUCAGAUGGACCAUGCACUUCAGCUAGUUAAGAGAAUGAUAGAUGCUAAUUGCAAGCCUAAUUACCGAACUUAUGGGGUGCUAAUAAAGGGGUUGCAGAAAGAGAAACAGUUAAUGGGCUCUGAGAAGGCAAUCCAACGUAGCAAUAUUGACUUAAUUUUCAGUCUCUUAGAGAGAUUAUCCCAAAACAAUAUCGAACAUACUGUCGACACUUAUGGUGUUCUUGUGUGUGGAUUGUGUAGGGAAGGUAAAUUGUAUGAAGCAGAUCAGGUGCUGGGGAGAAUGAGAGAGAAUGGCUUCUUUCUGAAUGAAGCUAUGUAUGCUUCUUUAAUCGAUGCAUAUUGUAAAGAGAUGAGGGUAGAAUCUGGAUUGGAAAUGUUCCAUGAAAUGAUAACUAAUGGCUUUGAACCUUCUUUAGCAAUUUAUAAGGCACUUUUAUUUUCUCUUUGCAAAGACAAUCGGGGAGAAGAGGCCCAAGCUUUGUUCAAUAACAUGCUUGGGGCGCAAUGGAAUCCCAAUGAGGUUAUUUGGACUGUGCUCAUAGAUGGCUUAUUGAAGGAAGGAAAUUCAGAGAUGUGCUUGAAGUUUCUUCAUGAAAUGGAAGAAAAGGGAUGCACCCCCAACUUUCAGACUUAUGUUAUUCUGGCUAGGGAAAUGUCCAAGGAAGAUAAGCUUCCUGAAACCGAGUUGCUUGCUAAUAAGCAAAGACAUGAGACUGCACUCGUUGGGUAAAGUACUGAUAAAUCAUGGGUUUGAAAUAAAAUUCCUUCAGAAUGGAACAGGCAACAGCUGCUUCUAAUUUGAUCUUGGAUUGGAACCAAUUCCUGUCUAAAGGGAGGAAGCAAGUGGGGAAUUUUACAUAUGUAAAAAGAAAGUUUCUAGAUCUUGUAAUACAUGCUGAAAUACAUAAUUGAAAAUUUGAAACUUGAUGCUUACAAUUACUGGAGAUAUGGAAGGGAUGCAACUUUAUAAAGACAAAGCUUUAGAUGUUAAUAUGAGAGGCAUGCUAUAAAUGCAUCCCAAAUAUUAGAUCUUCCUACUGGAUCCUACCCGAGCUUGGCAUCAUCAAACUCAACCUUGAUAGCUCCCUCGGCAAUCCAGAACCAGCUGGCAUCAGGGGCAUUUUCACAAAUCAUUCAGCCGAGACCUCAAUCACUUACUCAGGCCCAAUAGGCAUUGCAAAUGCAGCUAAUUGCAUAGCUCGUUGGUCUCAAAUGUGUUCGAAAGAAGUUGGGAACCACCUUUCUAAAUUGUGAUAAGGAAAUAUUUAUCCACCCCUUGAGAUUGGAAUCUAUUUUUGAUCGGGUCGUUGACAUUUGCCGAUUCCUACAGGUAUCAUUCAGACAAUCAUGGAGAGAGGCAAAUGCCUCAGCAGAUUCCCUCGCCAAAGGAGUCUCAUUACCUAACCUUCUUAUUACUAGACCCCUCUUCUUAGGAGUGAAAUUGUUGGUUCCAAUUUUGUACAAACCACACACAAAUAUAACAAUUUUUUCCAUUCAUUAAUAAAUACUUGUAAAUUUUGGUUUUAUUAAUAUGAAAAACCAUUCCAUCAGAAAACCAAAAGAAAUUACUUGCUAAUAAUAUCUCUGCUUAUUUAUUUUAGGGAAAUUUAUCAAAUUGCCUAUGAGGGGAACAAUUUAACACCUUACCCAUAUCAUUUAAUUUAAUUUCAAAAUACCCAUAGAAAAAUACAUGAUCUUGUGUUGGAAUAGUUGCAAAUGGGUAGAACGUUAAAUGGUGCAUCUCUAAUGGGGUAUUUUUGAUAAAUUUUCUUUUGUUUAAACCGUGUAUGGAUAUAUGAUGAUAAUAGAUUAAAUGUUUAAUAUUGAUAAUAGUUUUCAAUACUAUCAAAACCUAGUAGUGUGGAGCAAAUGAUGCAAUGGAUCUGUUGGCAUUAGUCACCAAGACACCUGUGUCCAAGAGGGAGAGCGUAGAGAGCGGCUAUUUUGGCCCGAAACAGCCGAUAAAGCCCAAGCCCAAAUUCCAUGCUCAGCUACCAAAAGUGAAAGAACACCUUCCACUGCCCUGAUUCAAUCUAAACUUCGAAAAAUCCUAUUUCAAAACGCAGUACUAUAGGUUUCCCUUGCAUGCCUAAUAAUUAUCUCAACC